AUGAGCCGCGGCUUCCGGCGCUCAGCCCGCGGCGGUCGGGGGCGCGCGCCGCUCAGCUCCGCUUUGUUGCGGGGCCUCCCGGGGCCCGGGGAGCCGCCGUCGCUCGAGCUGCCGAGCGAAAUGGUCGCUCAGGCCCAGGCCGCGCCCCCCUUGAAGGGUCGGAGGCCGCGCGGGGAGUAGCAGGUCAAGUUUGGACACGUUCCGCGUCGGCCCUCGGAGGAGCUAUGUCCUGACUUGCCUCCGGCUGGGGCUAUUUAAACCCUGCCUCUCCCCCCGGAGCCGUCUGCUGGAGCGGAGACCGGGACCGGUGGCCUCCCCGGCGACGCCGCGUUUCCCGCGAGGAUCCAGGCCAGUGUGCAAUACCAACAUGUCAGUGUCUACUGAGGGUGCUGUGAGCACCUCACAGAUUCCAGCUUCGGAACAAGAGGCUCUGGUUAGACCAAAACCAUUGCUUUUGAAGUUGCUAAAGUCUGUUGGUGCGCAAAAAGAUAUUUAUACUAUGAAAGAGAUUAUAUUUUAUCUUGGCCAGUAUAUUAUGACUAAAAGAUUAUAUGAUGAGAAGCAGCAGCAUAUUGUGUAUUGUUCAAACGAUCUUCUAGGAGAUUUGUUUGGAGUGCCAAGUUUCUCUGUGAAAGAGCACAGGAAAAUAUAUACAAUGAUCUACAGAAACUUGGUGGUCGUAGGUCAGCAAGAAUCUUCAGACUCUGGCACGUCGAUGAGUGAGAGCAGAUACCAGCCUGAAGGUGGGAGUGAUCUGAAGGACCCUGUUCAAGAUCCACAAGAAGAGAAGCCUUCAUCUUCUGAUUCAGUUUCUAGACCAACUACCUCAUCUAGAAGGAGAGCAAUUAGCGAGACAGAAGAAAAUGCAGAUGACCUGCCUGGUGACCGACAGAGGAAGCGCCACAGAUCCCUUUCUUUUGAUGAGAGCCUGGCCCUGUGUGUGCUGAGAGGGAUGUGCUGUGAAAGAAGCAGCAGCAGUGAAUCCACAGAGACCCCAGAGCAUCAGGAUCUUGAUGAUGGUGUAAGUGAACAUUCCGGUGAUUGGUUGGAUCAGGAUGCAGUUUCUGAUCAGUUUAGUGUAGAAUUUGAAGUUGAGUCUCUCGAUUCAGAAGACUACAGCCUGAGUGAAGAAGGGCAUGAGCUCUCGGAUGAGGAUGAUGAGGUCUAUCGAGUCACAGUGUAUCAGGCUGGAGAAAGUGAUGCAGACUCCUUUGAGGGAGAUCCUGAAAUUUCCUUAGCUGACUAUUGGAAAUGUACCUCUUGCAAUGAAAUGAAUCCUCCACUUCCACCACACUGCAACAGAUGUUGGACCCUUCGUGAGAAUUGGCUUCCAGAAGAUAAAGGGAAAGAUAAAGGGGAAGACUCUGAAAAAGCCAAACUGGAAAACUCAGCUCAGGCAGAAGAAGCCUUAGAUGUGCCAGAUGGCAGGAAAAGUACAGUGAAUGAGUCUAAAGAUUCGUGCCCUGAGGAAAGCGAUGAUAAAGUCACGUGGGCCUCCCAGUCACAAGAGAGUGAGGACUAUUCCCAGCCAUCAACUUCCAGUAGCAUUGUUUAUAGCCCCCAAGAAGAUGUCAAAGAGUUGAAGGAAAGAACACAAGUCAAAGAAGAAAGUAUGGAAUCUAGCUUCUCUCUCAGUGCCGUUGAACCGUGUGUGAUUUGCCAAGGGCGGCCUAAAAAUGGCUGUAUUGUUCAUGGCAAAACUGGACAUCUCAUGUCAUGUUUCACAUGUGCAAAGAAGCUUAAAAAAAGGAAUAAGCCCUGCCCAGUAUGCAGACAGCCAAUUCAGAUGAUUGUCCUAACUUACUUCAGCUAGCUGACCUGGCCAUAAAAAUAGAAUUCAUAACUGUAAGCUUCCAAAGUUAGACAACAUGGGUUUUAUUUUUAAUUGUAUCCAAUAAAGCCAGAAAAGUAUCUUAGUCUACGUAAAAUUCACUGCAUAAAUUUAUCCUUAAAAGUAAGAAUAUUGAAUGUUUCAUUUUGUUUUAGGAAAUUUUCUCUCGGCUAUAUAUUUUACAUUUGGGUUUUAAUUAAUUUGCAUUGGUUGUGUAGCUCCUUUUCAUCCUUAUUUUAAUACUCUCUACUUGGAAGGACAGUUGGAAGCGAACUACAUUCAGUGAAGUGAGUCCUCUUCAUCAUUGCAAAUGGUAAUGGACCCUCCUGAGAACUGACUACAUAAGAAGUAGUUGAUAGUUUAUUUUUCUCUGUUCACAUAAGAGCAUUUUAUUUAUUUAGUAGCUUUCAUGAAAGGAAUUAAAGGCUAUGACUGACUGGCUAUUUAAGUUAUUGAAAGGGCUUAGUUCUCUAGCAGUUGUGAGUUGUGGGCUGGAGAUGGAUGGUUUAGCCGGUACACGCACUUGCUGUGUAAGCCUGGCACCUGAGCUUGAUCCCUGAAACUUGCUUUGUAAGCCUGACAAUGUGAGCUUGUUCUGUGGAACUCCCAAAGGAGGGUUCUAGUUAUACAGAGUUGUUCUCUGAUCUCCAUAUGAUCUCCACACUUUUUUUUUAAAAGGUAUGAGUUGUAUCUGUUAACAUGUAAGUAAACACACACACCUUAUUUCCGGCUUCUUGACAUUCAGAGUGUGGGGCCGUUGGUGUACUCUGUCUCCCAGGUUGAAAGGCCUUAGAAGCACCUUUUUGGGUUCAGAUCCACAGUUCUUGAUGGUUGCCUAAGUUUUAGGCCUGUACUUAGGCUAGAUUAGUAACCAGUCCAUUCAGAAAGACUUAAUUCAGAACAUGGAUAAAGAGAACGUAUUUUAAAACAUGCAUAGUAUUUUAAAAUGACUUCUUCAUCCAUGUAGAUUAACCUCGUGAUUCAUAAUAAUCUUCCCCUUUGAUUGAAGGAUCUUAAAAGUUUUUACGUGUUCAAGUAUAGAAAAUAAAGUCAUCUGGACUGUAAGUUGAGUGUGACUGAAGGAUAGUUUUGUAUUGUUCAAAAACAAAAAAAAACAUUGCUCCCACAUGAGUAAGCAUUAGAGUAGGACAAUAGCCAGGAGCAGUCAGUACCUCAGCUUUGGCAUCUGAACUCAGUGAAGUUGCGUUUCUUUCUGAUUUACAAUUUUGAUGUUAUAUCCUUGUGGAAUGUUAGUUUCUAAAUGUUUAGGUGCGGUAUACAUUAUUUAUUUGCAAAUAAAUGGUUUAUUAAAUAUUUAAAGAACUUUCAAA